AUGAAGUAUUGCAGCUCGAGCAAUAUGACCACCCAGAACGAAUCGGAAGUAGAGAGCUUACUGAUGAGUCCGUGCUGGAGUCAAGGUCAGAAUGGGUCACAGGAUCAGUACAUGCUGGAGGGGCACAAGUUGCUUCUAGAGCACGAUCUGGACUCGCUGCCCAGUGACUCGGAGGCGCAGAAGGGCUCCAUGGACGUGCUGGACAACCUGCUGCUCAACUCCCAGUCGAUCAACUCGAGCCUGGCCGAGCUGAAGCCCCUGCCGCCCUUCACGGGCUACACUGGCCACCUGUCGAUCAACGGCAUCUCAGGCCAUCACUACCACGCCAUCGCGCAGAGGCUACCCGAGGAGAACAACAACUACUCCCAGUCCACAUAUCAGGCGGGCAGCGGCGGCGGCAGCACGACGGAUCAGAAUAUCGUGUCCUCCUCCACCUGUCUGCCCGACUCGGUGCUCAAUCCCGACGCGCCGGACACCUGCCUGCAGGACGUAAAGCUGUUCUCCGACAGCGCGAUAGAUAGUAAGAUGUACUCAGUGGCGGACAGCUGCGUGAUGAGCGGCAGCGCCGGAUCCGGACCCGACUCCGUGUCCAGCGUCCGGAUAUAUGCCGACUCGAAGGAGCUGACGGAGUACGACAUGAGUUCAAUAGAGGACAUUGCGGCGAUCAUUGGCAGCGCCAUUGCCGACACGACAGUGCCCAAUCAGAUCGAGAACGACGACAACAACGACACGCGAGACUCGUGGAUGGAUCUGGACGCGUGGAUAGACGGGGCGUGCGUGCAGCAGGAUGGGAAACUCAUCGUGGCGCAGCAGGAUAGCAUCAAUGAGUUCGUGCUGCCGCACUCGCCGGGCGUCCAGACGGCCGGCAGCACGCUGCAGAGUCUCCUGACGCACGGGUACAUGCCGCUGCUGCAGAACCGACUGCAGAACGGGCCGCCCAUCAAAGUCGAAGCACCCACCUCGUCGACGCCCUACUGCGGCGAUCUCAUAUCCACGUCCACGAGUCCGCCCGGCUCCGUGGUGUCCACCACGGACAACCUCAUGCUGAACGGAAGGUACCUGCCCAACACACAGUCCCAUCACUACCAGGUCAACAUGGCCGGGGGUGGCAGCGGCAGUGGCGGCGGCAGUGGGCUCAAGUCGGACGGCCUGUGCAGCCCCGAGCUGAUGGGCAACUACCCGCACACGACCACCACCUCCACCCCCACGAGCGCCAAGAACAAGCGGUCGCGGUCGCAGAAGAAGUCGCAGCAGGGCCAGUCGCUGGGCGGCUCCGCCACGCCGGCGUCCGCCGUGAGCUAUCAGGCCAGCAGCGACCUGGGCGGGCUGCUGAGCAAGGAGAAGCCCGUGCACCGCUGCAACAUCUGCAAUCGGGGCUUCCUCAACAAGAGCAACAUCAAGGUCCACCUGCGGACGCACACGGGCGAGAAGCCCUUCCGCUGCGACGUGUGCUCCAAGGCGUUUCGCCAGAAGGCUCACCUGAUCAAGCACCAGCAGAUCCACAAGCGAAUCGGACGGGAUUGACCACCAGAACAGUGUGAUACUACAAGGAUAAGGAUACUCAGAUGUGAAUGACUGUGGAUCGCGGAGGUUUUCUUGUAAUAUUAGUGACACACUCCGGUGGAAUUUCUGUGUUCGCAUCCCACUCGCCGAGGAGAGCAUGGCACAUUGGGUGCAUGCUGGGUCGACGCGAUGAUGAGCAAUUUGUGGCUGUUUAGUGUUUGAUGUAAUAUCUGUGAAAGGGGACUUGACUUUUAUUUAUGUUAGACGAUGGGAACACACGUGCUAUAUAUGAAAGGUACCUCAGAAUCAUAAAUAAUUUUACACACAAAUGUAUUUUCUAUUGUAUAAUUUGUCGUUUCGCGCUAAGUGUCUUUAAGGAAAUGUCUCUGUAAUUAGGAAGAAGAAGUGAAUAAGUUUGUAAAUA